GUUACAUCAGUAUUGUUUAUCUGAGCCUACUUUGGGACAUUGGAGUGUUCUAGCAGGCACACAGCACAUCAAACAUGGGUACGGCAGUGUUUUCAGUCGGUAGGCGUCUUGCACUCUCCCUCUCUCUCUCUCUCUCCACUUGACUUUAAUUCGGUCUAGUACGCGUCAUCCUUACGGACUCGCCUCCACGCAUUGUGGGCUAUACUUUCAGCCUGGACCACUAUAAAAAAAAUCAAACACAAACAUAAACAAAAACAAACAGAACCCAGCUGAUAUUACCGCCGCCUACAUAACCUCCUUCUUCCCCUCUCACUGUAUGUGUGUGUGUGUGUGUGUGUGUGUGUGUGUGUUUAGGAGGUGGGGGGGACUUUUGGAGAAGCGGAGGGUGAAUUUGUUUGAGCACACGCUGUCAGGAGGAGCUGAUGUGAGCGCUGCAUCAAGUGCGCGGCGGUGAUGCUCCCGUAUAAAACAGCCCGCUGUAUUUUGGCACAGAGGGGGAUGCAUCAGUUUAACCCUCGGCUCUGCCCUCCGGACUCGCCCAUACAGUAUUCAGCCUAGAUAAGUUGAGGGCAUGUGUGGUUUUAUUGUGAGGAAUCCUGCCGCACGAUAUUCCUGAGGAUCUCUCUCUUGUUCGGUUUUUUUUCUUCUCCUCUCUUCAACUUCGAUGGCUUGAGUGGCCCAUUUGCACUCAUGCUUGCAGCCGAGGAGGGAUGUAAGGUACGGGCCAUCUACCGCCCUCACAUUGCACGGAGUAGCGGCGUGAUUCAGGUCGCUAUCUGAGUGCCAAUAAGCAAAGAAACUACUUUCGAGAUGUGAAUUAUCGAGAUUUGGUACUCAUUCCACCGGCUCGCCUGUCCUAUGCUACCGACAACGGGAUUUCAAGAGGAAAAUGAUUGUGGCAUAAACUAUUUCUGGAGACGCUUGUCACAGAUAUCGCCGCUGAACUGGACAGGGUGGAUGGUUAUUUCCCAAACAGUUCAAGCCUAUGUAUACUGCAUUCAUUUGUUGGAAUCGCUGCCUAGUAUCUUCGAGAACAGCGCAAGAGGAAUGCUGGUUCAAGAUCUAAUGCCAUUUACUUUAAGUUUUUGGCCUUUUUUCUUCGGUCAUUGCCUUCUUUCACUGUUUUUACUCUCAUGCCAGGGAGAACUCCAGAGGUCAUGCUCACGGACUGUGGCGGAGAAAGUUAGUGAACAGUGCCAGCUGGCAUGCCACUGUAGAAGAUACCCUCCCCUUCCCCCUCCGCCGCCUCCACCGCCUCCCCCACGGCUACUGGGCACCACAGUGGCAGAGCCCAUGGUGCCUUUGUUGAGGCCAUGGUGGAUGGAGAUGGACCUUAUAGUGCUUGGAACAGUGGGCUGUGCCUCAGUUGUCUUCCUCCUCUCAGCCAUCAUCAUCUGCUACAAGGCCAUCAAGAGGAAACCACUACGAAAAGAGGAGAACGGGACAAGUCGUGGGGAAUACGCCAUGAGCAUCCGUAACAAGAAGGCCAUGGGUACGAACAACACUGUGGUAUAGACUGUCUCCUGCUAGGCGCAGGAAGUGACAUCACCAUAACCGUCUGUCACCUUACCUCCCCCCCGAAUACAACGAUCCCUUCUCACCCAGAAUGCAACAGGGUUUUACCCAAGGUUUUCAAAUAGGUAAACCUUCCCUCUUUGCUUGGCAUGUUGCCCGGACUGAAGACACCAUUCAGCUCAAGAGGAGCUGCAAAAGAUGGAAGGGAGAGGAAAAAAAAGUCAAACCAGAAAGGACGGAGAGAGAAAUCCACAAACCCCCAUGGUGUCAAAAGUGGCACAGCAGGCUGAACAUUAUGCUCUUAGUAACAGCAAGUGUUGCUGACAGGCUGGUUGGCUGCUGGCUGGAGAGGGACUGUCUGCCAGUCUGCUGCAGAUCCAGACUUCACACACUGUUGACAUCUGCAAUGGAACAACAGACAAUACAGCAUCCCUGCAGUCCCACGGGCGGCCAGACAGGACAAGCCCAUCACACACAAUAAAUAACUUGCAUGCAGUUUUUACAGAGAAUGCAACAUUUUUUUUAUAGUCCGAUCCCGACACUGUCCAUCUUUGGUUCUCCAUUUUUUUUUUGAGACAGAUGCUUUGUGAGAGGCAUGAUGUUCCUGUCGGCCCUGGCUCUGAGAUGUGGAUUCAUCUGACUAUGCAAUUUAAAGAAAUCCAUAUAUUAAAAAAAAACAGGAGCAACAACAUCAACAUGGGACAUUCUGGUUAUUUUACCAUGCCAAAAAUGCCACUGAAGACUUAGGCUCAAUGUAAUAUACUCCAGUCAUUCAUCAUUUUAUUUGCUCCAUUUAUUUACUUAUCUACUUUUGAAUUUAUUUUUCUACUUAAAAGAAAAAAAAACUGUCUUGUAAGUUACUCACAUCUUUCUCAAACAUCUUAAUGAAUUCAUUUUAUUUCUUGAUAGCUCUGUUUUUUAAAGUGAAUAAUUUAUAAACCAUAUAAUUCAUUUGUGAUGCUCCGAUGCUUUAAGCCUGCUGUCAGUUUGUUGAGACACUGAUGCAGAAAACGUGCUUGCUCUGCAAAGAGUUUUGGUAUCAGUUGUUUUGUCUCUGGGUGUUUGAUAUGCUUUUCUCUGUUUCCCCGAGACCUCAGCUAAAAAAAAGUCAGGGGUCUCUAUGAUGUGCUAUGUGAAUGUGUGUUUUCCAAACAUUAUUUCUGUGCUGCAUCAUAUGUCAGUCCCCAUUUUUGAUUUGUUAUCUCAAUGCAAGCCCCCCCUCUACAAGUUAAACCUGCUAUCACAAGUCGUUUUGUUAAAUCUUGUUGUUUCAGUCUUGGGGCCAGCUAGAUGCCUUCAGCCAUGCUUUGUUUGGAUUUGACAAUCUUCAUUUUUCUGUCUGUCAAGAAGGGCUUAGCCCAUCGCUAUAGAAACAGGGGACAUGAGCCCAGGGCUGACCUUGUGACUGGUGAGAGACAGGAGACUUAGCCAAUAGCCAGAGAUCAGGUUGCACAGCGGAUGGCCUCAGCAGCGAUGUGUGUGUGUGUGUGUGUGUGUGUGUGUGUGUGUGUGUGUGUGUGCGUGCGUGCGUGCGUGCGUGCGUGCGUGCGUGCGUGUGUGUGUGACUCAGUGCUGUCACAGGCAUCCUCCACAUCCCCCCUGGAAAAACACAACUGAGCUGAACUGGAGCAUCACUCAACGCUGCUCUGCUUUUAUACAUUAAAUCUGCGUGUGUCUGUGUGUGUGCAUGCGUCAGUGUGUGUGUGAGAGUGAGUGUGUGUCUGUCUGUCUGUCUGUGAGUGUGCAUGCAGAUGAGUGUACUCAGUGAGAGUGGGCUGUACUCUGUGGCUGUCAGUUAAGUAUAGAUAUUGGCUAAACUGUGGAAAAAUUGGAAAAACACAUGCUUGCAUCUAAACAUGCAGAGAUAUUAACUAACAGUAUACCCCACCAUGUACCUAUAUGAGAGAAAUGAUGGAUGCAUGAAUGUAAAUAUUGAUAUUUAAAUAUCUGCCUUCUGGACUGUUAAUUAAUGUACAGUGUAACAGAACAUAUGUUUAUACAUAGUAAAACUUAAACAAUGUGCUACCAUUUAGAAUUAUGUCAAUGUUGUCAUGUUGAUGGAGCAAGCCAUUAAUGUAUAUAUGGCAAUCAAUAGUACACACACAAUUUAUGCAUUAUACCAAACAGAUAGAAAGAUGUGCAUAAGUUGAUUUCAUUGCUGAGUUUUUCAGUUGUAAAUAAAACUGUACAUAACAACAGA